AUGGGUGAUAUAAAUAGUGUCACUGGUAACAGUGAUGAAGUUUAUUCAGAAAAAAUUUCAAAUUUAAGAAAUUCAAGUGUUAUAGUUAGAGUUUCAGGAAUAGAUAAUAGUAAUACUAAUAGUAACCUAUCAAACAGUCGAUCAAGAUCAUUUUCAUAUACAUCAGGUUUAAUUAUUACAUCACCAGCUAUAUUUUUACCAUUUAUACAAAACGAUUAUAAAAAAAGAAAUAAAAAUUCAAUCAAUGACUCAUUCAUAUCAAUCAAUACUAAGGUUUCAAUCGAAAAGAUUUUAAAAAAUAUAUCAAUCGAUAUCCUUUUAGAAAGCGAUGUAGUUACUAAUAAUAGUAAUAAUAGUAAUAAUAGUAAUAACGACAAUAAUUUUGAUAAUAAAAUAUACGACCCAAUAAAUUCAUGGAAAUCAUGCAGAUAUAUAGACUAUAUUAGCUGUGGCCAAUCGACAAUAAAUGUUUUAAGCAAAUUAAAAAAUCAUUUUAUACUAUCAAACCAAGGAUCUUUAUAUGAGUCAUCAUUUGGCUUAAUAAUAAUAGAAUUAAUUGACAAAACACCACUAAUAUCAUCAAUUAAUAUAGAUAACAAUAACAAUAACAAUAAAAAUAACAAUAAUAAUAAUAAUAAUAAUAACAUUGUUACCCAAGUAACAAUUGGUAAUAGUUUACAAGAAAGAAGUGGAAAUAGGAUAUAUGUUGUUGGUAGUCCAUUUGGCUUUAUAUCUCCAACUAUGUUUUUAAAUUCUAUUAGUAGUGGUAUUAUAUGCAACUGUAUAGCACCAACACCUCAAUCUUCAAGUAAUCCAUCCAUGUUUUUAAUCGACGCCAGAUCAUUACCUGGAAAUGAAGGUAGUGCUGUAUUUAAUAGACAAGGUUUAUUAGUUGGUAUUGUAGCCCCUCCAAUUAGAUCUAAAAAUGAUAAAUUACCAUUCACCUUAGCUCCAGUUAUUCCUAUUCAUUGCUACCUUUCAAAACUAGAGGAGCCACCAUUAUCAAUAUUUCCACAGUAUUUAUUAACAUCUCCCUCAAUUUAUGAUCCAAUUCAACAAGCUGUAACCCAAUGCCAAAAUUCAAUUGUACUUGUUCAAUUUAAAAAUUCAUGGGGUAGCGGUGUUUUAAUAAGUGAAAAUGGUUAUAUUUUAACAAACGCUCAUUUAAUAAUACCCUCAUUACAGCAAGACAGUAAUAAUCAACAACAACAACAAGUCACACAGGAACAAUUAGCAUACCCGGAAUCAUUGUAUAAAGAUAAACUAGUAGAUAUUAGAAUAAAUAAAAAUUCAAUCAAAUCAUUUAAUAGUUUACAAACUCAUUUAUUUAAUCAACAACAAUCAAAUCAAAAAUAUAUAUGGUGCAAAGGUUCUAUUGAAUAUAUAUCACAUACUCAUUUAGACAUUGCAUUAAUUAAAAUUAAACUUAUUCAAAACGAGUUAGACCAUUAUAAUAACGAUAAUCAUAGUAGUGUCCACAAUAGUAAUAGUUACGAUGAGAGUCUAAUUAAAUUUAACCAUGUUGUUUGCAAUCCCCUUUUAAAUCCGAAAUAUGGUGAAAGAGUAUUUGUUUUAGGUUUUCCUCUAAUUCCCCCAAAUCAAAAUCCUCCCAUUAGUGUCACUCGUGGAGUAAUUUCAAAUAUAGUUUCUGUUGAUGGAUGCGCAGUAAGUUAUCAAACCACAGCAUCAGUUCACUCUGGCAAUAGUGGUGGUGGUUUAUUUGAUUGCAAGGGUAACUUUUUGGGUAUUGUUACAUGUAACGCAAAACAGAAGAAUGGUUUAAUCAUCACAGAGUUAAAUUUCUCCAUACCAGCUGUAUCCCUUAUGAAUUUCUUCCAGUAUUCCAACGGUAAUGAUAAAGCUUCGUUAGAUUUAAUGAAAUCAAGUAAAACAAAUAAAUUUUUAAGAGCGCUAUGGAAACUUCAAAUCACUCCACCACCAUUAAAUACUACUAAUAAUAAUAAUAAUAAUAAUAAUAAUAAUAAUAAUAAUAAUACAAAUACAAAUAAUAAUAACAAUAACAAUAGCAAUAACCCACUUCAAAUUGGGGGAAAAAAAUAUUCAGAAUUUUUAACAAAGAUAAAUCAACAACAAUACCAAAAUCAGUUAUCCCAACAAUAUCAAUGUGAUACUUUUAAAAGAAAUUCCAAUAACAAUAAUAGUAAUAUUUUUGAAAAGCAAAAACUCACACUCAAAGAUUUAUUUAACACAUAA